AGUUGCAUCAGCUGCAGGAAAUCAAUCUGCUGGACGUAAUUUUUUUUUUGGUUUAAAAAAAAAGUGUUUUGGUUUUAAUGGAGUUGGGUUAUUGCAACAUUGGGACCCAAAUUAGCCAAGUGUGUGUUGGGAUAAUUGCACUUAUAAAGUUACUGCGGGGAAAAUGAGUUUUUAAAGUGAGGUGCAACUUUUAAUAAGUUUUCUCGUUUAUUCCAGAGUUUCCCAGAUGAAAUUAAGAAUGUAAAUGGGCAACUCCUACCCCUUAAAUUCCGGAGCCCGGGUACCUGCAGCAUCUUUGACAGCUCCUUUCAGUGAUGUAUCUGCGGGGAAGGGAUUCGGGCUCCGCUCCAGUUUUUGAGCUGACUGAGGACAGUGACGUUCGGCAAUGGGACCACCUGAUCUACAGACGGGAGGAGGCUUGCAGGACGACGGGGAUGGACAGCAUAGCCAGCACGGUGCAGUGCUUCCUUGAUGACAAUUGUCCGGACGCCCCUGGCCAGGAGGGUGACUUAAUACAGCCACCAGCCCCACUCCCCAAGCUCUUGCUGCUUCUCCUGCGACUCUCUCAAAAUUCUCCCUUUGCUAAUGUCCGGGAGAAGAGCAAACACAUUCUGCAAACUGUGCUGGAUCAAAGAGUUAAAAUACCAUUCCCAUUAGGGCCAGGUCCAAGUUCCUUCAUUCCAGUCAAAGAGAUUCUACAGAAAGGUCUAGAAGAUGAUGAAAGUCAGCUCUUUAUUGAAGCCUUCGUUUCCACUGGCCGCCUGGACAAUAUAACUAUGGUGAUGGGCUUGCACCCCCGGUACCUUGAAAGCUUUUGGAAAACACAGUACUAUCUUAUACAAAUGGAUGGUCCUUUACCAUAUUACUAUAGGCAUUACAUAGCUGUGAUGGCUGCUGCCCGGCAUCAGUGUUCAUACCUCGUCAGCCUCCAUAUAAAUGACUUUCUUCAAGUUGGUGGGAAUGCCGAGUGGUUAAAUGGCCUGAACUUUGUACCUCAGAAAAUUAGGAAUCUCAAUGAAAUCAACAAAAUCUUAGCACAUAGACCUUGGCUCAUCACAAAAGAACACAUUGAGAAUCUACUGAAGACUGAUGAGAAUAGCUGGUCACUCGCUGAGCUUAUCCAUGCUGUUGUUCUCCUCACCCAUUACCAUUCAUUGUCAUCCUUCGUUUGGGGCUGCAGCAUUAGACCUGAGCUUGAUCUGGAUGGUGGCUUCACCUAUAGACCUCCCUCACCGCAAAGUUGUGACCCUGAUGGUGCGAGCAACAGUGGAUCAGAGGCGGCUGUUAGUGGUGGUGCAAGUGGAGAUGAUUUACGUGAGCUGGAGUUUCUAAUAGAGAAAAUGAAACUGCUCCAGGAGGGCAGACGGGGUGUGGAAGCGAGUAAAGAGGAGAAGGCAACGCGAUUCGAAAGGGAGAAGAGGGAGAGUUUGCUCGUCUCACCUGCAGCAGAUGACAGUGAACCACACUCAUCGACGGAUUUAUCAUGCUUUGUGGAAGAUGCAGAUUUUGGGUACAAGGAUUUCAGCAGGCGUGGGGAGCAGACACCACCAACAUUCCGGACCCAGGAUUACUCCUGGGAGGAUCAUGGCUACUCCUUGAUUAAUCGAUUGUACCCUGAAGUUGGACAGCUGUUGGAUGAGAAAUUUCAAAUUGUGUACAAUUUAACAUAUAACACCAUGGCUAUGCACUGUGAUGUUAAUACCUCAAUGUUAAGAAGAGCCAUUUGGAAUUACAUUCACUGUGUAUUUGGUAUUAGAUAUGAUGACUAUGACUAUGGAGAAGUGAAUCAGCUUCUUGAGCGGAGCUUAAAAGUCUACAUAAAAACUGUUGCCUGCUAUCCUGAGAAAACGACUAAUAGAAUGUAUAUAAAUUUCUGGAGACAUUUUCAACAUUCAGAGAAGGUGCAUUUAAACCUUCUCCUUCUAGAAGCCAGAAUGCAAGCUGCACUACUCUAUGCAUUGAGGGCCAUUACUCGCUACAUGACAUGAUUCUGUGAAACAUUUGAGGACUGAGCAGCUCCAUUGGACUGUAUUUUCUGCUGACUUGCUUCACCUGAAGUGAGCAGCCAUGUGCAAUUCUGCAGAUCCUUAAUAUUUGACUUUUUUUUGGAGUAAAUUUCCAUAUACAUUUUUGGGGAACAACUUCAGUAUUCCUUUUUGCUGUGUUCAGUACAUGGUGAAUUAUGUAAAAGGUUUGAAACUUUAAGUCGAACCUGAUGCAUAAAAACUUUCUCUUUGCACCUAGUGGGUGUUAAUCCUGGAGAAGUGAAAGCUUGAAUGUAUUGUAUUGAAUUUAAACUGUGAACCUGGCUGGGCUGUUGAAGCACAGGCCAUUUUGUGUGCUGACACUUCUCAUUGAUCUUGUAUUUAUUUAUGUUGUCACAAAUUGAUUUUUUUUUCCCCUCCCCAAGGGUUUUGUUUGGAUUGUAUCCUUUGGCAUACACUGGUCUUCUGGCACAUUACCAAAGCUCGUUUAGGAUAGAAUGUUUAGUUGGAAACAUGUCUGUCUUUGGGAUUGACAUCAAAAAUGAACAGCUCUUUUUGGGAAGUUUGAAAUUCUUGCAAGGAAUAUCAGCCCAGUUUUAAAUCCUUUUCCUAAAUACUUCAGAUGGGUGGCUCCUUUGUUUAUGAUACAAAGCUGUUGUACAUUCCAGGAAAUGCAUAAAACAAAAACAACUUUGCAGUAUUUGAAGGUUAUAGAAUAGUUAUUGCAGGCACUGACUAGAUUAAUGCAUUGAGACCUUUGCAUUUCCCUAUUAUUACAAUGAAAGUGUCGUGAGGAACGAUGCUUUUAAAAGCAGGGAUGGGAGUGGGUAAUGUGAUGCUGUAGAACUUUUACUACUGUCUGCCUUUAGAUAACUGCAAAGUCACUCAUGAUAUACCUGAAUAUUGAAGCAGUCUCUUGGAUUUGGUGUACUAGGUUUUUUAAUCAAUUAUUGCCCCAAAAAGGUAAAUAAGAAAAUGUUAACAUUUUGAGAAAUACAGAUCCUUGUAAAGAAUUUGUUGCUUUGAUUUGCACAUGCUAUCCUUUAUGAAACUAUAGUUUUGUUUCUAAUUUUUUUGCACAUAGCAUUUCCUAAGCACCUGGAUGCAUAUCCAUUACUGCACUGAACAAUUAUUCUGCUGUUAAUGUUUUGUAGGUGUUGAUAAAUUACCAUGGAUUUUUUAUGAGCCAAAUUCAUUCCUUGCUAGCCAACACCAGCAUCAGAUUCCCCUUUUUUUUAUAUAAAAGAUUUGUACCAUAUUGGUUAGGUGGAAUCUUGUUGCUCAGGUGUGAUACUGAAUGAAGCUUUUGCCCCAAUAGGGUAUCGACCUCCAAUUCCAUACAGAGAUGGACCUGGGACUCUUCUGAAUUUCUCGUAUUUGCUCAGUGUUUUCCUUCUAGAUCUUGUAAAUGAAUCCACUUUGAGAGCAGCCAGUAGUUUAUGCUGUCUUUUGUAAACUAAUAUGCCCCUUUAAAAUUGAGCAUGGUGUUUCAGAUAGCAUUGUGCGCCAGAACCUUGACAAUCUAAUGGCAAAUGAACAAUGCAGACAUGGUGCGUGUAAGGUGGAGUUAACACCUGAUUCUUAAAUAUGGGAUCACCUAAUUUUACAUAGAAAUAUUCAACAUUGUUAACACUUGGGUUGGCUUAACACUAUGGGAUGCUAUUUCAAUAGUGGGAAAAUGGUGGCCAUCGAACUGGAUAGUUUGAAAAGUUAGACUGUGUUUAGAAUAUAUAUUUAUGGCAUUUAUGCACCAGUAAUUCAACACUAAGGUUAUUAGCUCAGUAACCCAUCAGUCAUGUGAAUUUGUUCAGAUUUCCUACUAAACACUGGUUAGUUUUGGAUCUCCUUGGGUAAAGGGAGACACAGAAUGAAUAGUUAGUUUGUUAUAUUUUAUAAGUGUAGCAAGCACCCCUGUUAACCUAACAACAAUUUGCCUCGAAUUCAGGGAAAGAAUGGCCGUAGACUCAUUUUCUUAGCUGAAGGGUUAUGUGAAAAUUACAGCUGAGCAAGGUGGAGGCUUGCUGAUGUUCAGCAUGUUCAGUGUAAAAUGGAUCUUCAGUAUAAUUCCUGUAAACCUUUACAAUCGCAAGGUCAAAUGAACAUGUAUGUGUUUCCUUCCGUCCCAAAUUUUGUUUUAAGGAAUGCACAGCACUACCUUAAGUGGCUCUGAAUAAAAGCAGCCAGUUAGUUUGAAUCCUGGGGCUUAAUUUGUUUUUUUUAUGGUGAGACUUUUUCCCUCUAGCUGAAAGUGUAACUUUUGGGUAGAGGUGGUCAAGAACAUGACAGUACUUUUUGUUGUACUGUAUCUCACGUAGUGCCCAGAUUGAGGAUUUGAUGUGAGCUGCAAGCUAUACAAUGAAGAAAUACCCUUUCACUUUUACUUACUUGAAAGUCAUAUUGCUGCUUUCACCCUCAAAGUCAAAUAUACAAAUAUUAAUGUCUAUUUGUGAUGCAUCAUUUAAUGUGCCUUUUGUAAAGAUAUCUGCAAAUGCACUGAGCUUUAAUACACUCCCUUUUUCAUGAGAUAUUGAAACUGUUAAGUAAGAUGUCGGUAACAUCAGUUUUUGAAAGUGUCUGCAUUGAGACAUACUUGGCACUGAUGCACUGAGCUAUUUUACAUUGCCGUAGAUGCAGUAGCUGAUUUCCUUCACCUUACACCCUUAAACUCUACAAUGUAUUUAAUUCCUCCCCCUCUUGCAGGUUCAUGCUGGUUUUGACCUUGAGUCAUACAUCACUUAAAUUUGUGAGCAAUGGAUCGCUUUUUUAUAAAAAAAAACUGAAAGCCUAAGUUUGUCACAUAUUAAAUUGUACAAAAAACUGACCAAAUUCUUUUGGAGUCUUGUGAAAGUUUCAAUGGGUGUGUAAUGAUUGUGGAAACUAAACAUAUAGCCUGAUACUGUACAUGGGUGACUAUUGUGGGAUGUUUUUCUGCUGGCUUCAUACAUCCAUUUCUCCUGCAUGUAACUAAAACUUCAAACUUGCAUUGAACUUAAAACUGUUUAUUGACAUAAUUUCAUCUGUUUUUGUAGGAGCUGUAGAAGUUCUAAACUACUUUUUUCCAAUAAAGAUGUUUUUGCAAGA